AUUCUAUAUUCCAGGGAUACAGUAUGGAGUGUUUUGACCGGACAAUUUACUGACAGUAUUCCUGGUUUGGUUCUUCAUGAAAUUCGAGAAAUAGAAAUCUGGAUAUUACGUCUGCUUAGUGCACCUGUACCGGUGCCAGCAAAAACCAGGGUAGAGGUACAAGUAUUACCGAAAGAUAUGGUUUCCUCUUCUCUUCUCUUUGCCUUACCUGAUCAUACUCGGUUUACAUUAGUAGAUUUUCCUCUCCAUCUGCCCUUAGAACUACUAGGUGUGGAAACCUGCCUCAGAGUGUUGACACUUAUAUUGCUAGAACAUAAGAUUGUUUUACAAUCCCGAGAUUAUAAUGCCCUUUCGAUGAGUGUCAUGGCCUUUGUGUCUAUGUUAUAUCCACUGGAAUAUAUGUUUCCUGUAAUUCCAUUACUUCCAACAUGUAUGAGUAGUGCAGAACAGCUGUUGUUGGUACCAACUCCUUAUAUUAUUGGAGUACCAUCAAGUUUCUUCUUGUACAAGGCAGGCUUCACGAUGCCUGAUGAUGUUUGGCUUGUAGAUUUGGAUUCUAACAAGAUCCAAGCUCCCACUGGAGCAGAAGAAUUGCCUUCACUGCCAGAACACGAAGGAAGCAAAUUAAAAAAUCAUCUCAAACAGGCCCUUGCCAGUAUGAGCAUGACUCCUCAACCUAUUAAAAACCUAGAUGCUUUAGCUCAAAGUCCUGAACUACUUAAACGAAGAGAGAGCUUUGACUCAAACACCGGUUUCAAUCCUCUUAUAUACGGUAAUGAUGUUGAUUCAGUGGAUGUGGCAACACGUGUUGCAAUGGUCCGCUUCUUCAAUUCUCCAAAUAUUCUUGGAAACUUCAGUGAACACACUCGAACACUUCGCUUGUAUCCACGUCCUGUGGUUGCAUUUCAGCUUUACAGCUUCCUGAAAUCACGUCCAGUUAAAACACACUUUACAGCAAAGCUUGCUCGGACUCAAGCAGUUGAAUUUUAUGCCGAAUGGUCUUUGUGUCCAUCUAAUGUGGUGUUCCUGCGUGUUCAAACUGCCGUCUAUGAUCCAUCUUUAAUUGGAGAUAAACCAAAAUGGUACUCACAUCAACUUCAACCAGUGGAAUUUAAAGUUUAUGACAGUAAUUCUUCUCUUGGAGCAGCUUUAACAUCUGCAUCAGAAAUACACAGUGAUGAUAAUCCAACUGACGAGAGUGGUAGUGACAGUGAUGGAGCAGACAGUACUAGUUCAUCAUACUCAUCACUAAGUGAUUUUGUUACUGACAUGGUCAACAGCGAAAUUGAUGGAGAUACACCAAUUUUUGUGCCUGAAAACCAAAUCCUGGCAGUUGACCACUCAAAAAUAUUCUCCCCUCCCAGCAAACUACUUGUUCCUGAAACAAAUAUCAGCACAAAUGAAUCAAGCCUUACAACGCAUGAAAGUGAUGGGGAUUCUUCAGCAUCCUCUAGUCCAACAUACAGUCAAGAUAAUCAUCCUUCGUUUGCUGAAGAUCAAAAAGAAGUUGUGCCUGACGUUUUUCAAUAUGAUCCCAAAAAUACAUCAGUGGAAAGCAAACUAUCAAAUAGUUCUUCAAGAUCUGUAACUGGUGGAGGUAAGCCAGGUUAUGUACAACCAUUGUCCUCAAGUGCAAGUUCACAAGCUCCUGUCGUUCCAUCACUGAAGUCAAAUGCCAAUGAGAAAAGAAAUGCACCCUAUUCACUACCCCUCUCUGAGAGAACACAGUCUUUGGAGUCUCCUGUUGGCCCUAGUCGCACUAGUGGUACUCCUAGUUAUUCAAGUCAGAAACCUGCUUUUGGUGCCAUCUCUACUGCUCACACAUCAGGAAAACGUCCUCUAAAAUUAAAGCAACUGUCUGAAUCUUCAGACAAAUCUCCUACUGCAUCAUCUAUAAUGUCCACUAUCAGUAGUGAAUUGAGUGGCUUAGCUCAGAGCACUAGUAGCACCUUAUCGGGAUUUCUGGGAGAACUGGCUGGGAAUAAUCGAUCUGUUAUGCCAAACUUCCACAGUAAACCGCAAAAUAAACCAUUUGCACCUUUAGGUAACCGAAGAGCACGAGUUGAGAAAUCUGGAUUAGUAAAACAAGCUACAAGCCAACGACCACGUGAGAUCACAAGGCAACAAUCUACUGAAUCCCGGCCUAAUUCUAAUAGUGAAAACCAAUCUUUCUUGAAAGAAAUUAUAAGUUCUGUUGUGGAAGGACAUGGUGUAAGUUGGUUGAAAAUCAAUCGCCUCAAGAAAUUAAUGGAAGAUGAAAAUUAUCGUAAUUUUGUUGUUAGCCGGCUAAACAAGAACCUAGAUAAAAAACUAACUGAUGACUCCCAGCAUAUUGAAGAUGUUUGUGUAAAUCGUCAAGUAUUUAAAGGCAUGUUGACUGUAUUGAGAGCUAUGGUCCAUGGUUUAGAAUAUACAUAUACAAACUAUGGACUUGGUGGUAUGGCUAGUGCAUUUAUGGUGCUCGAAAUAUUACACACACAUUAUUGGUUGAAAGAAGUUGGCAAUAACAGCAAUAAAAGUGAAGCUAGUGUCACACCUGAGAUUUCAUCCCCCUAUGGAAGCAGAGAAAGCCUUUCAUCGAAAGGUGAGGACUCACCCAAAAAUCCUGAGGCCAGAAGCUUGCAUGAGGAGCACAUGGUGGCUGCCCUUGGUCAUACCUACACAGGGUGGCUGCCUGAACGAGUUUCUCCCUCACAAAUGUAUUCCGACCAGUCCUCUUCUAGCGCCAGCACCGAGUCAGGUUCUCCCGUCAUUAUCAAUGGAGAAGAAUUUGAAAACAUUGAAAUUGCAUCAGUUGGUGAAACUACAAGUGAAGAUGCCUAUCGAGAUACUGAUGCUGGAGAAGCUGAAGAACAAUCAGAAAGUGAUAAAAGUCACAGUGCUGAUCAAACAAAUACAACUGACUCUGCUUCUGAGAAUGUCAAAUCUUGUGACAUUGUUGUGACUGGUGCUGAACCAGAUAAACAGUCUGCAGAUACUGAAAGUGAUAUUCUUCAUGAUCUUGUACGCAAUAAAGAGUUACUUAAAGCUCGGAAGAAAAAUAAGGUUAACAGCAUUGAUUCAGAAGUCUCUGAUGGCAGCACAUUAGUAAGCAGUAGCUCUGAUAAUCAACCUGAGGAGGAACGGCGCCAGAAACCAAAGGUUAGCCAUCAUUUGGUCAGGAAUACUGUGUCAGAUAGUGAGAUGGAACUUUCUGGGAUGGUGAACUACCACAGACGUAGUCGAUCAUCAAGUAUCUGGAGUACCAAAAGUAAUUUAAGUGCUGGAUUUCGUUAUCAUGAUGGAAAGAUGAUUAAUACAUCCCCACUACCUAGUCCAGAGACAGGGAAAACAUAUCUUUUUGAAGGUUUAAUUGGUAAAGAACGCAGUCGUUUAUGGGAUUCAAUGCAAUUUUGGGAGGAUAUGUUUUUAGAUGCUGUUGCCCAGGAAAGAGAUAUUAUUGGGAUGGAUCAAGGACCAGGUGAAAUGAUGGAAAGGUACAAUUCACUUGGAGAUUCAGAAAAAAAACGUUUAGAACAUGAUGAAGAUAAAUUAUUGUCUGAUAUGUUGUAUAAUCAUAUUGGGUUUAUGGUAAUGAUGGAUGUAAAGAAAGCAGAAAUCAAGAAAAAAAUUAGACGAUUGCUUGGUAAAUCUCACAUUGGCCUCCAAUACAGUCAAGAUGUCAAUAACCUUUUAGAUGAAAUUAAUAAAUUGAAUGGCAAUGAUAUUGAUCUGAAACCCAUGGGCAGCAGACUCAUGCAGAAACAGUCAUUCACUGUACAUUGGGGCAGUGACAAUACAGGGGAUAUGUUGUUUAUGGAGGUAUGCGAUGACUGCAUUAUCCUACGCAGUGUUACAGGAGCAAUUUGUGAUCGAUGGUGGUAUGAGAAGCUGGUCAACAUGACUUAUUGCCCAAAAACCAAAGUUUUAUGUCUCUGGCGAAAAUAUGGUGAACGCGUACAUCUUAAUCAGUUCUAUACUAAAAAGUGCCGGGAACUGUAUUUUUGUGUAAAAGAAACUAUGGACAAGGCUGCCGCUCGAAAUAAUGGUAAAGUUCCAGGGCCUGACAUUGGCGGUGAAUUUCCUGUACAAGAUCUCAGGUCUGGACAAGGAGGGCUACUCCAGGUGUGCAUGGAUGGUAUUGGGUUUCUUCUAGCUAACAGCAAGUUCUUUAUUGAGCUAUGUCGUGUCAAGAAAUGUUUCACACAGAAAGGAGGCAUAUUUGUACUAGAGGAGUUUGAUCCCAAAACUAGGCAAGUGAUUCCUCAUAAGUUUAAAUCCAGCAUGGCUGACCAGAUCUGUUAUGCAGUUUUGUGUGUCUUCUCUUAUGUAGCUGCUGGGAUAGAGAAUGGAAAGUUGACAAAAGUACAUUCAUUAGAAUGUUUCAACAAGGACUACAGCAACAACAAUGGUAGUAGCAACAUUAGUAACAGCAAUAAUAGCUCAGUUAUACGUAAUAUUUUACAAUCCUCAGCUAAAGGCUCCCCUAGAACAAACACUUCUAGCCCUCGCUGUUCUCCUCCUUGCCCUUCACCAGCUGUAGCUUUGACUAACCUAGGUAAGAGUACUAAUGAAGUAACUACUGCUCACUAAACCUUUAUACAAAAUGUGGUCUUUGACUUAAUCUAUUCUUUCAUCAUUAAGCUUUGUCAUUCCACAAUGAACUAGUAACUGUUACAUGAAAGCCAAUUCAGCUAAUACACUGUAUAUAUUCCUUUUUUUUGCUUUCCUAUAUAUAAUCAACGUAAGUCAGUAAUGAUGUGAAUUUCUCUAUUGACUGAUAUACAUAUAUAUAUAUAUAUAUAUAUAUAUAUAUAUACAUAUUUAAAUUUAUUUUCUUUUUAAAUAAAUUGAUAUUUUUUUAUUACUGUAAACUAACUAUAUAAUGUUAGGUUGUGAAGCAGCCAGGCAUUUUACAUCAGUGUCAAAUUAUGUGCAAUGAAGAAUAAAAUUUAAUUGUUAAAACUAUUAUAAAUCAUGGCGUGCUGCUACUAGCAAUUUAAACUAUGUGCAGUGAGCAAAACAGGAAAGAUUUUGUGUGUGUGAAAAUAACUCCUUCAGCUCUAAUCACAAGAUAUCUUGUGAUGACUAAAAGGAUGUAUGUCUAAGGGCUUGAAAAAUGUUUGAGCAAUUCUGAUUUUCAUAGUUAACAAAUCAAUUAAUUCAUCAAAGAAGCUGAGAUCAAUACAGCAACAAAUGUAUUAGAUUGUUUUUUUUUCUUUUUGUUUUUUUUUAUUGUUAAACAUUUCUUGUUUUUUAAGUUAAUUUUCAAAUUAGUGUUCUCAAAUUUCUUUACUAUUCUUUAAUCUUUACCUAUCUAAAAAUAAUUCUAUUGCUUGUACUUUUAACUUAACUAUGAUAAUUUGUAAUGUAAGAGAAAAAAAAACAAGAAUGAAGUAAAGGGACUCAGAACAUUGUUGAGUUAAAUAUAAAUAUUCUUUAUGAAAUAAUCUCAAACACACAUGUGCUGAAGGUACCUUCUGGAACAUAUCUCCUUCAGUCUUGUGAAAUGAUACUACCUCAGGGUCUUAUUUAGACCGUAGUAGAUACUAUAGAUAUGUAUACUUUAUUUUUAAAAAUGAUGAUAAUUAUAAUAAUCUAUCAUCAACAUAUAAUUGUUAUUACGUAUAUAUUUUUCUCAAUCAAAUGUUAACUUGUAAACACUGAUAAAAUGCUUGUCGCUUAUGAAUUGUGUGUAUGUUUGCAAAAGUGAUAAAAAAUUAGUUUCAGUAAUAUCCUUACUUUAUAAAGAUGUGAUGAACAUAGCCUUAGUUUAAAUCACAAUCAAAGAGCUAUAUUCAUAUAUCUUUUCUUAAUUUGAACUAUUUUCCUUCUAAACAGUAACUUAUACAUUAAUCAGAUUUUCAAAAAAAUGAAUUGUUUCAUUUCCUUUUCAAAACUUUCUGCGCCUUUUAACUACAACAUACUAUGCAAACAAAUGUGAAAUAUAUGUGUUAGUCUUUACGAAUUAAGAGGUUUAAUUUAUUCUAUAAUCUCUAUAUUAGAAAUUAACCCCUUUUUUUUUCUUUCCUGUCUUAAUGUGUAAUUUGUGUUUGCAUUUAACUCAGAAAUAGUAAACUUAAAUUCUAAACUAUUUUAAAUAAUAAAGUUGAAGUGAAACAUUUUCCAAAUAUUGGUGCUAAAUUUACCACCAUUCUUCCUUUCCCCACUAUAUACCCUGCUACCACUUACUCUCUAGUAAUUGUAAUGUUUAUUUCUGUUAACCUUUUUAUUCCUUUGCUAUUCAAGAGUUAAUAGAGGUGAUUAAUUUGCCCAGUCCCUUAUGUAGGUAGUGACAAAGCUGCUGUUACUCUUGCUGUUGAAUCUACCAUUGCUGUUGUUACCACUUCCAUCACUAAUAUUGGACCAACACCUUUCAACGAUUGAUUCUGCUGGAUUGUAAUGACUAUCAGACUCACUUUUCCGGAAAAAAAAAAAAAUCUCCUAUGAUGUGUAGAGCUGUAAGCAGCAAUAAAAUUGUAGUAUCUCAUUACAUUUAGAUGUAACCAACUCACCUACCACACUUAUUUAACUAUCUCUCUGUGACAAUAAUACACAAUUGCAUAUUUGCAGUUCUGAACACUUAAGUUAUAUGGUUUUAAUUAAAUACUUAAUUGAUGCCAUUAGCAUUUAUAAUCCCAAGUAAUACAACUAGCAUAGAAUAUUACAGAGUUUUGUCAAAUUGAACCAGUUAUGUCAUUGUAUUAUAGAUAAUUCUCGUCACUAAUGGCCAGAAUUUUCCCUUUAUUCAAUGACAAUUCUGAAUUCAAUGUCAGUAUUUUCAGGCAUUUUACUGACUGACUCAACGUUAUAUUCCUAUAUAUAAUCAUUAAUUUUUUCCUUACUAUUCAACUGAUAUACUUCAGUUCCCUUUUUGCCCUUUCACUUGUGAACAUUUAUUAAAUUGUGGUUUGGUGAGACAGAGUAGGAGCUAGCAGAAACCAGAUGAGAAAACUUUGUAUUUUUUAACCUAGGCGUCAAGUAGCUGUCUGUUCAGUUAGACAAGAAAUUCUGUAAAUUCUGCUUUACAGCUAAUAUCAGCUAGACUUGAAACCUUGUUGUUGUUAUUACUAUUUCUGUCAGAAUAGUAGAACUAUUUUAAUAAUAAUAAUAAUAAUAAUAAUAAUAAUAAUGAUGUACGGUGACCUUUAUCACAUUCCAGAACAAUUUUAUGUGUAUGUUCCCUAUAUGUAUGUUUCGUUAACGAACUCUGUCAAAGCAUUGGCUUUCCAACUCUUUCCUCAUAUACUUGGUUUCUAUAUUUGUUGACCAAAAAAGCACAUUGUCAAUGGUGUAAGAUGUACUUUAUACCUAGAAAUUCAAUCUAAUCUAUACAUUUUAUACAAUGAAGUACUCUCCUACUUCAUUAUUAUGUGAUUUCACUAUUUACUACAAGUGGAUGAGUAACUUCUAAAAUGAUACAUACCACUACAUAAAUUACAACCAACAAUUAAUCAGUUCUAAUACUUUACUCUGCAUAAAAAAAAUUAAAACUUUUUAAGUGUGACAAACUGUUUAAGCUCUUCUUUAGCAAUAAACCAAUCAAAGUUGCAGCUAUCACUUUCUCCACAGUCUUCUUAUACCGACAAAAUAAAGAUUUGUUAAUGAUGCAACUUAAAGAAAUUAAUGUAAGAUAUUUUCUCAAUUGAUUACAUCUAUCAACCUAAUUUUCACACAAACACACAUGCACACAUGUAUACAGCCAUAAACAAAAGAAAAUCAAUACAUUCUGUAGAGUUUAUUAUAUUUAUAAUAGUAAAUAAACAGUUACUGAUCCACUAUUGCAUCUAAGUUUCACCUAUGAGAUCUUUCAUAAUCGCAUCUGAAAGACCAUGACUACACUAAGUAAUGUGAUAUUGAAUCAUGAAAUGUUUAAUUAUAGUUGUGUGUUUUGUGUAAAUAUACAUGUGCAACUAUGUCUGUCUGUGUGUGUGUGCGUGCAUAUAUUUAUAAUGAUAAUCUGGAACAUAAAUUUAGAAGGAAUGCAGAAGCCAGAAUUUCACACUGUAGUCUUUUAUUGGAGCAUUAAAAAAGAAAGAAUAUGCUAUGUGAAUUGUAAUGUUUUACAGCAAAGCAACCGUGGUGAAUGAAAAUUGAAAUGGGUAUAGUGGAAGUGUGUAGAAUGGUGCUUUUCAGCCUAAUAUUUCAGAGCUGAAUGAGAUAAAUGAGAUGUAUAAGCUUGAGUAUGUUCUGGAGAGUAGAUGAAAAUAGUGAUGAGGUAAUGUACUAUUUACUAUGCAGGUGGUAUGAACAAAUCAGAAUAGUAUGCAUUGCUAGAUAGAUAAAGUGCACAGGAGGGUAUUUAUCAGUGUAUGGUAGUGUUAAGAGGAAGGCAGUGUUAUUAGAGAUAGGCAACUAUUAACCUCAACUUGAUAGGCUGUGUUUCGAUGGAAAAUUAAUUGUUCAUAAUGCAAAUAUGAAACAGGAGAUCCUUGGGAUAAAAACAUUAAAGAUGGUGAGAUGCAAGCAGAGGUGACCAGAAAAAUUAAUGUGAUGGGUUGCAAGUUGGAAAAAUCUGAUGCUCUUGUGUUGAACAUUUAAAAGGUGUUCUCCAAAAUGAACUGCUGAUCUAGUUUUUACAAUAUACCACAAACCACAGAGUUUUAUCUUAUGCCGUAAUGGGUGUACACGGUACAAGGUGGUAAGGUUUUGGGUAGCGAGACAGAUGUUGCAACAGGAGCUAACAGAAAAAUCCAGUGAAGGAAGAGAAAGGUUAUUUAGAGCAAAAUGUAAGAAGUGAUGUCUGACUAAAAGAGACAAAAGCUCCAUGGGAUGGUGCUCGGGAGAGGUAAAAGAGCAGGAAUGUAGAUGAGUAGAAGCAUGACCAUUCAGUGGUAAGCAGUAUCAACGAUUAGUUGUGGGCAACCACUCUUAUGAAGUAAUGAACUAUGUGGUAUGACUGAGCCUUAAAGUCAAUUAGUAAUGCAGAUGAAUUGUUAGAAAGAGAUAGUGGAUUUAGUGUGAGUGGAGUGGUAAGAGAUAAAGUAGUAAAAGGUGGAGAGGUUGAGGUAAUCAUUAGAAACAGGAUUGUCCAUAAAUUUCACAGAAGUAGUAGUGAUGGUGAUUGUGAGAUCUAAGGUAGGAUAGAAGUAGUUGUCAAAAGUGAUGAAAAUGUUAUACUGUUUAUUGGUAAGGGUUGUAGAUCUGGUGAAAUAGAUUUGGUAUUCAACAUGACCAAGCUAACAAAUUGGCAUAGUUAGAGCCCAACUUGGUACCCAUGAACAAACACACCAGUGACCAACUGGUAGAAAUCCUGAGAAAAGGAGUAGCAAUUAAGAGUAGGAUAAAUUCAGCAAGGUUGGGAAGAGCAUAGGUGCCACUUUAAACACUUUUUCAACCGUUAAUGUCAUCACUUAUAUCUCUGUCACACAGGCACUUCAAAUGCCAUUGAUCUCUUUCUCACCACUAAACCUAACUUUUACUAAAUUGUCGCCAUUCUAUACUUCUAUCAAAUCAUCUGUUUAGUCAAGGCUAUGAGCUAUACAUCAACUUACUCCUACAACAAACCAACACCCUAAAAUACUAUAACACUUCAAAGUAACUGGUCAGAGCUCUGCUAGUUUUGCUCUAUUUCUGAAAGCAAAUAUGCUUCACCAUUGAUCUAUCUAAAACAGCUAAGCAACCAAAGCCAUCCUCCUAAACAUCUCCCUUCAUAUCCCUCACACAACCAAAGCCUUAAUCCUGACUCACACACCACCGCCCCACAACCAGCCUGCAGAAACUCACUCAAUUCCACUGAAUAGUUUUUAAUCAUCACUGCAUUCCCAAAGCUAGCAUCCCAAAAGCAAAGAAUGCUUCUAUGAUUCACACAGUCUGUAAACACUCUCAUCCCAAAUUGCAACUAGUUAUUUUUGUUCUUUUUUACUAAUCUUGCAAAACCCUGCUAUCUGCCUCUCUUCAACCAAGGUGCCUCUUUAAGCAGUACUCUUACAGAAAAAUCUUCCACAUUUGCAGCUCUGUAUUUUGCCAGCUCCACAAUGCAUGCGUUUAACACAACUUCACUCCAUCAGUCCCACCAUGACAUACCAACAAUGAGGAAGUGCAAAAAAAUUUCCAGUCUCUUUAAACCAGCAAAGUCACCAGUCUUGACAAUGCAUUUUCUACUACUCUCAAACAAAUGCUCUUGAGUCUUGCUGAACAUUUCAAUAUUUCUUUCUAUACUAGAAUAUGUGACAUGCUUCUUUGGAAGCAUGUCACAGUGCCAUACCUCUGUUUCAGGUAAACUCUUAGAUCCUCCCAAUAAUCUGCCUAUCACUCUCACUUCUGGUCUCAACAACUGAAGUCUUAAUUACGCUACAAUACAUCUUUUCAGAGAGGUCAUCACAAUUUGUAAGAGUUUGUGUAACAUAAGAAUCUCUUUGAUAAGCUGGGGGGGGGGGGUCUCUCAUCCCCAAAUCUAUUAACAUUACUAUGUUAAAGAUCGCUUGUCAUCACUUUUAGUAAUGCUUACUCCUAUGCUGAUGAUAACCAUUAUUCUUUGACAUUCUGCUCACAUGCAUAAUUCACAGUUGACCUAGACACUUUAUGCCAAACCUUCCCUCUUUCCAUGAACAGAGGCAUCAAUAACUUCCCUGAAUGGCGACUUGACAAUCCAGUCACAAAAGAUUUUUUUUUUAAAUAGACUUAACUCAAAAGUUUCUAACGGUUCAUAAUAGUUACUUCCCUUUAGCUAGUAAACAAUAUUUCUUUCCUUUAUUUCACAAAAACUAACAGUUUUUCGUAUUAUCUCUACAAAUAUUUCUCUAUGAAUAUAUCCACACACACACACACACACACAUAUAUAUAUAUAUAUAUAUAUAUAUUUUCAUUUUUAUUUAAUUUACAUUUAUUCUAUCAUUUCGUUCCCCCACUCCAUUUCUGCUAUAAGGACAUAAAACCGACAUACACUAGACUUUAACUCUCUUUAGCCUUCAUUAUCUUGGCUUCUAACUAUAUUUGAAAACUAAUUUGUCUCUUAUUUUUAUCCUCUAGUCAAGGUCUAACUCUGAUCUAAAACACUAUUAUAGUGUGGUAGAGAUUAUAUUCGAUAAACAGUUUAACUUAGCACUAAAUGUUUCAAGCCCUUUAUUUUGUUUAGUAAACUGAACUAAUGUUGUCAUAUGUGUGCAUGUGCGUAUAUAUAUAUUGUGCAUUAAUCCACAAUAUGAUCUGAAGCAUCACAGGUGUAUACUUCAUGCAUUUGUUUGUUUGCACUUUGAGCAACAAUGGAAUUAACUGUUUUCCAAUAAUUGUGUAAUCUGCUUCGUGUACAGAGGGCUCUUUCCAUUCAUUUAUGUUUGUUUGUGUGUGUGUGUGUACGUUCGUACACGUAGGCAUGACAGCACUAAAUUAGAUAACGAAACAUUAUCUUAAGGAUGUUAUUUUUUGAUUGUUGUAUUGGUAAAUGUUUAACUAAAAUUUCCUUCAUGGCUAUGCAGAUAUUUUAGUAUGUCCUUUAAAUUUUCAUUUGAUUCAGUUCUAGCAUGGCCUUAAACUCUAAGUUUCCAGAAAUUGAAUUUUUCUUCUCUAAUACCCAAGUUAUACCAUUGACUAGAAUGCUGCAUUUUGGUGUCUUUAAUCCAAGUAUUGAGGUAUUUAUAAGUGCCAAUGUUUCAUCUUGUGUUAUGUUCCUUCUCUCAAUAUAAAUACAAUGAAAAUUAAUGCAUUUCUCCCAUGGGAAGUAAUUUUGUUUUAGCUAGCAGUCUACUCUUGAGUCAAAAGUUUUAUUUCUUUCUCCACCCUCAAACUCCCUCACUAACUUUUUUUUUUAAUAUGAUGAUGGAAUAUACAGUUCUACUUGCUUUCUUUGAAAUAAUACUGAUAAUGUUUAAUAUAUUUUGUAUAAAAUGUGUUACACUUGUGCUUAAAUACAAAUAUUCAAUUUUCCAUCAGUUUGUAGAUUCAACAAUGUAGGUAAGUGCCAGCAAGAUCACAAUUACCUUCAGAUUGACUAUUAACCUAUGCAGUGACUGAAACUGGUAUUAACCUAUCUUUUUACAAUGUUUAUUUUGUUGGUUUACUGUGUUAAAUGUGUGUUUAUAUGUACUUCAUAAGUCCCCUCCCGCCUGCCUGCCCACCCACCCACCUUU